UUUGAUUAUUUUAAACAGAACAAGAUGGCGGAGGAGAGCGGGUUGAGGAAUCGGAAUCAUUCCCACCAAAAUUGCAAAAACAACGUUUUUGAAGAAGGUUGGCGCGGCGGCGGCGUGGAGCCCGUGGCCAUGCUGGACUCGGACACGGCGCCCCCCGGUGGCCCGGAGGCCGAGGACCCGGAGGAGCCCUGGGACGUGGCGGCCCGGCCCAUCCAGAUCGUCCUGGCGGACGAGGACGAGCACGACUUCGAGCUGGACGAGCGGGCGCUGGAGCAGAUCCUGCUGCAGGAGCACGUCCGCGACCUCAACGUGGUGGUGGUGUCCGUCGCCGGGGCCUUCCGCAAGGGCAAGUCCUUCCUGCUGGACUUCAUGCUGCGCUACAUGUACAACAAGACGUCCGAAUGCUGGCUGGGAGGCUGUGAGGACCCCCUGACCGGCUUCACCUGGAGGGGGGGCUGUGAGCGCGAGACCACGGGGAUCCAGGCCUGGAGCGAGGUCUUCGUGGUGGACAAACCUGACGGCAGCAAGGUGGCCGUCCUCCUCAUCGACACUCAGGGAGCCUUUGAUAGUCAGUCAACCAUCAAAGACUGCGCCACUGUGUUCGCCCUGAGCACCAUGACCAGCUCCGUACAGGUCUAUAACUUGUCUCAGAAUAUACAGGAGGACGACCUUCAGCACCUUCAGCUCUUCACGGAGUACGGACGUCUCGCCAUGGAGGAGAUCUACCAGAAGCCCUUUCAGACCCUGAUGUUUUUAAUCCGAGACUGGAGCUACCCUUACGAGCAUAACUACGGCCUGGACGGCGGGCGGCGGUUCCUGGAAAAGAGGUUGCAGGUGAAGCAGAACCAGCACGAGGAGCUCCAGAACGUGCGGAAGCACAUCCACUCCUGCUUCUCCAACAUCGGCUGCUUCCUGCUGCCCCACCCCGGCCUCCGCGUCGCCACCAACCCCAACUUCGACGGCAGGCUAAUAGAUAUCGACGACGAGUUUAAGCGGGAGCUGAAACAUCUGGUGCCGUUGCUGCUCUCCCCGGAGAAUCUGGUGGAGAAGGAAAUCGGAGGAACCAAAGUCACCUGCAGAGACCUUGUGGAGUAUUUUAAAGCCUACAUCAAGAUCUAUCAGGGCGAAGAACUGCCUCACCCAAAGUCCAUGUUACAGGCAACCGCAGAAGCGAACAACUUGGCGGCCGUCGCAGGAGCUAAGGACUCGUACAAUAAGAGCAUGGAGCAGGUGUGCGGCGGGGACAAGCCGUACAUCGCACCGUCGGACCUGGAGCGCAGCCACGAGGAGCUGAAGCAGUGCUCGGUGCGCCAGUUCCGCGCCGUGAAGAAGAUGGGCGGCGAGGAGUUCUGCCGCCGCUACCAGGAGCAGCUGGAGGCGGAGCUGGACGAGGCCUACGCCAACUUCAUCAAGCACAACGACAGCAAGAACAUCUUCUACGCCGCGCGGACGCCCGCCACGCUGUUCGCCGUCAUGUUCGCCAUGUACAUCGUCUCCGGGGUGACGGGCUUCGUGGGCCUGAACACUGUAGCGGCGCUGUGUAACAUGGUGAUGGGCGUGGCCCUGCUCUCGCUCUGCGUCUGGGCCUACGUGAAGUACUCGGGCGAGUUCCGCGACCUGGGCACCGUCAUCGACCACGUGGCGGAGACCCUCUGGGAGCAGGUUUUGAAGCCACUGAGCGAUCAUUAUAUGGAGGACAACAUUAGGCAGACUGUGGCUAACUCCAUCAAGGCGAGUCUGACCGAGCAGGUGACGCAACACGCCAAGUUAAAGCCAAACUGACCGCCUCUGCGUUUUCUCGAGGGCGCGAUAAGAAAAGAGAGGGAGGGCGAUCGCGAGAGAGAGCGCGAGCUCGUCUUAGGCCCCGGGAGCUGCGCCAACCAAAGUUUACACCCGUUUAUCUUCGCUUCACCGAAUUCCGCCUCGCCUCCAUUUGGAUGAUGGUCGUCCCACUCUCCCCAUCUCUCUCUCUCUCUCUCUCUCUCUCUCUCUCUCUCUCUCUCUCUCAAACACACACACACACACACACACUGCAAGUGUCUUCCCAAGUUCCAUCUCCCCGAAUCAGGACCUUUGCCGUGGUGAAGCGGUGUGUUUUGUAGAUUCUCCGCCCAUUCUGUGUGUCCCCAAUUAAGGGUUGGCGUAGCAGGUUUUGUUUUUGUUUUGUUUUUUUGUUGUCUUUUUUCCCCUCUCUGUCAUUGUCCACCAUUUUCUUUAUCUUUUAAAUUACGCCACUGCAUUGAUUUUGUUUCAGUGCCGUUUCAGGGAAAAAAAGGAGACUUUGUUGCUGCUCGGUUUUAAGACCUAUAGCGUGUCCGUCUCCGGUCUUAAUCCACCGAAGUGAAUCUCCCAGGAUCCCGUUAUACCCGAAUGGUUCUGUCAUCAUAGUAACGCACAUGGCAACAACCGACUGAAAAGACAGCCCAGACACAACUGUGUCCCGUUAGCUUUCCAAGAAUAAAACGCCGUGAACUGGCGUACAGCGCAGGCCACUGGAUGCUUUUAAUUUAUUUUCCGCCGGAGUUUACAACGAACAUUUCCAACUUAACUGACUCACUGCAUUAACUGACCAUCAACGUUAAGCUAGCUAGCCAACUGUUGCCUGGUAACGGUGGUUUUUGAACAUAAUGUAAGAGUACUAAUUAAAAUGCUACUUUGAGUAUAAGGUGUGUCAGACGCAGUGACGUAGGCACUUUCAUUAUCUAUUUAUAUAAGCAGGCCAGUGAAGAUCUGUGACCCAUUUUAUACCGAAGAUGUAAUAUCAACAAUGGUCCCUGUGCCAGUCAAGGGUGUAGGAGUAAGCUAGACAUAAGGGGGAUUUUUUUUGACAAGCUGCUUUUAAAUGCUCAUUUCUACAGAUUUAAGGUAAAGUUAGCCUACAUGCCUACAUGUGAACCCACAAGGUUGAAACGGUUUCUUUUUCUGUACGGAAGAUGUGGAACUACAUUGCCUUGUCUUUGUCUUUUCUUUUUAAAACCUAGAGACCUAACUUGAACGCAUACUCAAAGCUGUCCUACACCUGACUUAAACCUAUCCUCUUUGUAAUGCCCCUCCAAAGCUAUGCCAAUUUCCACAAUUCCAUCCAAAACACCCCUGUAUUUUUUUUUUUUUUUAAUCAAUCACAAAUAGGGCAUGUAUAUGAUAUAAAUAUAUAAAUAUCAUUUUGUAUACAUUUUUGUAGUUGGACAAAAAAAACAAAAAAACAUCCAAUGGUUCUGUGGUAGGAUUAAGUACAGGUUAUGUAAAGGAAUGUUUUGUGGAUUGUCGCCGUCCGAAUGCAUUUAUUUUGAAAUAUUUGUAAAGUUAAUUGGUCUUGAGCUCUUGAUUUCACCCCUUCUAGCCACGCAUCUUGGAAUGUCAGUAAGAGUGUCUUGAAUUAGUUUUUUUUUUUCCUUUUUUUCUGUCUUUUGUUGCAUUUUAAAGUUAUAUUCUGUAAUUUAUUUUCAAUACAAGAUUAAAACUACUAUAUAUUAAGUGAUAUAAUUGAUUUAAACUGCAAUGCACAACCCUUACAACGAUGCUUCUUACAAAAACUUUUAAAGGGCAUCUUGACGUUAUUGAAACAGAUUGAACCCAUUAAAAAAUAAAAAGACAGUUAUACUUGUAUUAUAAAGAUAUUAGUAGCGUCAUUCCAUUGUCUGUUUUACCCGUUACAUGUGUGUGUAUAUAGAGAAGUGGUUUCAAAGAUAUUGAUACGGGUCGCUUCAAAAUAUUAAUGCCAGUUUUAUAGCUGCAAAAACGACCGUUUAACAUGUACAGCACUGUUAUUCUUAGGCCAUCGGAGUUAUGACAGUUUCAGCUCUGUAUUCAGUGAAUACAUUUGUCAAAAAUGGCCACGAUCGAUUAGCCAUCACAUAAAAGACCUGCAAUGCAAUGGAAUCAAACUAGCUACUUAAGAUAAGAUUUGGUUGGGCGGAGGGGCGUUUGAACAGUCUUUUUCCUGCUCGGAUGUAUCGGGUUAUCUUUGGUCUUUUUUUGGGUGGGGGCGGGUAAAAUGCUGGGCAUUUACAUGGCUGUCAUCUUACAUUUAUGAUGUAUUUGACAUUUGUCUUUUUAUCUAUUCAGUUUAUAUCCGUAACUACAGUGGAGUACCCACAUUUUGGCUGUGUUUUUGCGGCUUGGCUGACUGAGGACCGUAGUCAAUACUGUUUGGUAGUGAAUGACGUUAAAUUGGCCACGAUGGCAAACACAAAUUGUACGAUAUUGUCCUUUUUGUUUUAUUUUUAAUUAUAUGAAUGUUGUCAAUAUUAAUACUGUACAUUUGCCUUGUUUUAAAAAAAAUAAAGUUGCAAUUGAAUAAGGAUGACAAAUCUCUAUAGUGCGUAUGUGAUCUUCGCUUUCAUGUCAAUUAUGUCUAAUUCAUGCUCUACUCCAGUAACUUAAUUUUUCAAUAACCAUUUGGUCUUUGUCACUGAAUUGCUAAAUACGACCAUACAGGCAGAAUUUGACUGCCUUUGGUCGUGAAGACGGUCUUAUUUGCUUAAGCCCAAAAACUCAGCCUUUGCAUGGCCGUUUUCGGACUUACCCAUGGCGCGUGAGACUCCGCACCUCGACCCGUAGUGUCCAAAUAUACAGCACUGUGGAUUCAACAGGAAGUGACAUCACAACGUGGAACGCCCCCCCCUACACUCUUGGCAGUCACUCUGGAUCAAAAUUCAAAGCGACCCGUGGAGAAUCAAAACUGCAAACACGCGUGAUGUUUGUCACCGAUUGUAUUGUCAUUGUGCUCUGUGUUUUGGGUUAGGCAAACGCAUCUACUGGCCGUUAGAAUGGCUCGUUUUGGUAGAGCAAAUCAGUAUGUGUGGAAGUAGGCUACAUGAUGGUUGCAUGUUUUGCUACGAACAAAGGUUAAACACGAUUGAAAUGUACAUGUUGGCUUCGUACCAAGCAGCCAAAUUAGCGCCCCCGAAUUGUCAGCACCUUUGUGAACAAACACUUGGAUAUAUUUUUGACUGGGCAUGGUUGAACACAAUGUGGAUCGCUUGGAAAAAAAAGUUGUAAUUAAACGGUUUCAGUGUACAUAACUGUGUAGAUAUAAUAAAGUAUACCAGUAUAUAUAUUCUA